AAAAAGGAUGAAUCCUAUGUUUUACUUCCUUGCCCUAACAGCUGUUUUGGCUGCCACCGCAAACGCCGGGUCAGUUCGCGACGUUAAUGGCGACGACCUAUUCGCCGGCAGUAGUUACUAUGUUCUCCCCGCUAUCAGGGGCCCUGGCGGUGGCGGCCUGAGUCUCUCCCCCCUUGGUGACAAGCAAUGUCCUCUUUAUAUCCAGAAGGAAGAUUCAGAGGUGGAAAUGGGCAUUCCCGUAAAAUUCUCAAACUGGAGGCCUAAAGUUUGGUUCGUUCCCGAAUCAGAGAACCUCAACAUCGAGAUGGAUGUUGCAGCUACGAUCUGCGUCCAGUCAACCUACUGGUGGGUUGCUCCCUCUCACUUGCCCAUUAUGACCUUUUUCAUAGCGGCUGGCCCUAAGCCAGAACAUGGAGAGGAUUCUUCAAGGAGUUUCUUCCAGAUCAAGAAAAGUACUGGAGGGUUUGGUAACGCCUACAAAUUUGCGUUUUGUUCUGAAGAUGGGGGUUGUGACGAUGUCGGGAUAACUAGGGACCAAAAUGGCGUUAGGCGUUUGGCUGUAGGCUCUGAGCCAUUCUCGUUUGUGUUCAUGAAAGCUAGUGAGACAGAGACUUCGCACAAAACUAUGUCUAUCAUCUGAAAGAAAUCAAAGACUACAAUAUCAAGAAGAUGGAGAGUUUUAAGCUACUACUAAUAAUAAAACUCUUGUCUGUGUUCACUGUUUUCUUUUUUUCAUCAGUCAUCAUAUAUGGAAUAAAACAUCUCCUUUGUUUCU